AUGCCAGGGUGCAGGACUGGCUGCUCCAAACGGGGCCAGGAGCCCGGCUGGCAUCACAGUCAGCAGAGCAGUGGCCCCGCUGAUCAGCCCCUUCCACCAGGAAGGGAUGAACAGAGCAGGUUGGUGAUGCUUGAUGUCGGAUUAGAUGCUGAUGAGACAUGGCUCUUCAGAUGCAGCGGUGAUGAAGGAAGUUGCUUUGUUGAUCUAGCACCAAAAGUGUUAUCUGAGGCUGUCCAGUCGAUCGCACCGCUGUCCUCCGCGCAUGCGGUGCUCUGGCAGUCUUUCCUACUGGUGAGGGCUACGGUACAGCAGCUCUGCCCCCUGCUUCGCUGGGGCUGUGCUAAGUCAGUGCUCUCAGGCUGUGCUCUGGAGGUGUUGGCCCUUGGGCCACACGGAUGGUGCCCCCGACUUCUCUGGCCAAGGAAACCGGGAGGACGCACAACCCUGGAGCUCUUGCGUGACGUGGCCCCCAGCGCAAGGGCGCGCAGCUCCGUGGAGGAGCUCCCAACUCCCCAGCCCUGUGUGUGGCAUGUGGGAGCCGACCCCAAGGCUGGCUCGGGGGGCACUGGCCUUGCUCCCCAGCAGGAGCGGUACCGAAGACAAAGUAAAUUCUCUGUUUCAGUCCCUGCAGAUAUCGUCCUCUUAGUUGACAGCUCUGAAGCUAUGGAGUCUUCAUCUCUCCCCUACGUGAAAAAAUUUAUGACCCAGAUGAUCAACAGCCUCCCAAUAGGGCCUAACCAGUUUCGCCUGGCACUUGCUCAGUACAGUGAUGAAAUCUCCGUUGAAUUUAUGCUGGACACCUACCAAACAAAGAGCGCCAUGGUGAACCAUAUCAGGAAGAACUUCACAUUCACUGGUGGGAGCGCAGUGAAAACUGGAGCUGCCCUCGCUGCAGCGUAUGAGACAUUAUUCCAGAAGUCAACUAAUGGAAAAGAAAAGCAAAAAAUCGUGGUGGUUUUGACAUCGGCACCUUCAGAAGAUGAUGUAGAAGAUAUUUCCACAUAUUUACAGAGUCUUGGAGUAAAGAUAAUAGCUAUUGGGACAAAAGAAGCUCUGCACAAUGAACUUUUUGAGAUUGCCACCCCGCCAUUUCAUUACAAAAAUCCAGCGAUGGAGGAGCUGCCUAAAUUCUCGCAAAAUAUGCCCCACAUCAUUGCUGAUAUUAUCCAAGUUAAAGUCAGUGACUUGAUGAGAACAGACCUAAUUGAUUUCUCUGACACAGCUGUGCAAGAAGCAUGUGAUAGAGACUUAGUUGCUGACAUUGUGUUCAUAGUUGAUCGUGGUACAUCGAAGUCAAACUUUGAAGAUCUAAAAAAAUUCCUGCAAAACCUAAUACGCUUUUUUGAUGUGAAGCAGAAAUGCAUAAGAAUUGGCCUGAUGACAUACACCGAUACACAAGAAGUGGUAUUUCGUCUGAACACAGACUUGCACAAAACUGAAUUUCUGCAGAAAAUACAGGACCUUCCUGCUGAGCCAGGAGAAGCCAACACCGGUGCAGCUAUUAAUACCACGAGGCUAAAACUCUUUAGUGAACGUGCUGGAAGUAGGAGGAAGCAAGGGGUAGAGCAAAUAGCUGUUCUGGUUACUCACAGACUCUCUCAAGACAACGUGAGCGAUGCUGCUGCUCUUCUGCGCAGAAGAGGGGUGGCGUUGUUUGCCAUAGGCAUUGAAAGUGCUUCUGACCAACAGCUGGUCCAGAUUGCCUCGUAUCCUCAAGAGCAGUAUGUUACCAGUCUCAAGACAUUUUCGGAUCUGCAAAACCAGCAUGAUUUUUUUCAAAAGAAGAUCUUGAAUCAAAUACAAAACAAUCUCUAUGUCCAGUCUGAAAAAAAAAUGACUCUCAAAACAGGAUGCAAGGAAACAGAAGAAGCUGAUAUUUAUUUUCUCAUUGAUGGUUCAUGGAGUCUUGACUAUUCAGACUUCUUGGACAUGAAGAAUUUUUUGAAAGAAGUGAUUAGGCACUUUAGCGUAGGACUGAAUAGAGUUCGAUUUGGACUUGUGCAGUUCUCACACAUCAAAGAACUGGAAUUUGAAAUUAAUAAAUACAAGACAACGAGUGAUUUAAUGAAAGCCAUUGAAAAUGUCCGGCAAAUAGGUGGAAAUACCAGUACGGGGGAAGCUCUAGCUUACAUGAAGCCGUUGUUUGAAAAGGCCAGGAAGCAGCGUGGAGUUACAAUAUCCUACCAUCUGGUGGUUCUCACGGACGGGGAGUCGCAGGACAGUGUGAAGGAACCAGCUAUGGAACUCAGGGAAGACCAGAUUAACAUUUAUGCCAUUGGUGUAAGAGAAGCUAAUAAAACACAGCUUUAUGAGAUUGCAGGAGCAAAAAAGAGGGUGUAUUUUGUACACAAUUUUGACUUACUGAGGGACAUAAAAAAUGAAGUUAUCCAAGAGAUCUGUACCAAAGAAGCCUGCAAGGAAAUGGAAGCUGAUAUCAUGUUUUUGGUGGACAGUUCUGCAAGUAUUGGAGAUACGAAUUUUCUGAAAAUGAAAACCUUCAUGAGAGGGCUAGUGGACAGAACAGAUGUUGGUGCAGACAAAGUACAGAUUGGCGUUGUCCAGUUCAGCCACGAACCAAAGGAAGAGUUCCAGCUUAAUACCUACUCCUCCAAAAAAGAGCUCUUCAGAGCUAUUGACAGGAUAUCUCCCCUUCAAUCCACUACUUUGACAGGACAAGCACUGAAAUUCAUGCCUAAAUAUUUUCAAGCUAGUACUGGUUCACGUCCCCGGGUUAAAAAAAUUCUCAUCCUGAUCACAGAUGGGGAAGCACAGGAUGAUGUUAAAGCCCCUGCCACAGCACUCCGAGAGAAAGGCAUUAUUAUCUAUUCUGUUGGAGUUUUUAAUGCAAACAAAACUCAGCUUGAAGAGAUUAGUGGGAAGCAUGAGAUGGUAUUUUAUGUUGAAAAUUUUGAUAUUCUAAAACGGAUUAAAGAUGCCCUAAUUUUUCACAUUUGCAGUAUUCCUUCUGAAGCUCGUAAAAGGGUGGAACGUUUAGACAUCGUGUUUGUGAUAGACAGCUCUGGAAGCAUAAACUUCUCACAGUACCAGACCAUGAAAGACUUUAUGGUUGCUUUGGUGAACAAGUCGGAUGUUGGCCCAGACGGAGUACAAUUUGGAGCAUUAAAGUAUUCUGAUCAGCCAGAAAUACUCUUCCAUCUCAGUAAAUACACUACAAAACUGGAGAUUACUGAGGCUAUCCAGAGCGAUAACAUUAGAGGAGGAGGAACCUACACAGCGAAGGCGCUGACCCACUCGGAAAUGUUAUUUGCUGAGGCACACGGCAGCCGUAAGAGCAGAGGAGUUCCCCAGGUGCUGAUCGUGAUAACUGACGGGGUAUCUCACGACGAAACCGUUCUGGGUGACGUGGCCCUGCGGUUACGGAACAAGGGAAUUGUCAUCUACGCAGUGGGAGUAGAAGGAGCACGUCAAAAGGAGCUGCUAGAAAUGGCUGGAUCAGAAGAUAAAUGUUUCUAUGUGAAUACCUUUGAAGGACUUAGAAACUUAACUGCAAAUGUAACGCGUGACAUAUGUGAUCUUUCACCACCACACUGUCCAAAGCAAGCAGAUGUUAUUUUCUUAAUCGAUGGUUCCAGAAAAAUAGACAAGGAAGACUUCAGGAAGAUGAAGGACUUUGUGAAAAAUGUGGCUGAUCCGGUUGUCACUGCUCAAAAUACCAAAAUUGGCGUUGCCCAGUACAGCAAUGACUAUGAAGAAGAGUUCAGCCUGGGCACUUUUUCGAACAGAUCAGAUCUAGAAUUUAAAAUUAAAAGCAUCAAACAAAUUAAAGGACAUCGAAGUGAUCUUGAAAAUGCACUUCAGAAAGUGAAAUUAUACUUCCAACCAGAAAGGGGUAGCAGAAUAUAUGAAAAUAUCCAACAGAUUUUACUGGUAAUCACUACUGGAAGAAAAAUUGGUAGAGCUACUAGAGCAGCAGAAAGCCUGAGACAGAGAGGUGUUGAUAUAUAUGCCAUAGGUGUGGGGAACAUCGAUCACUCUCAGCUAACACAGAUAACUGGGACAUCAAGUAGGAAAUUUGCUGUUGAUGAUUUUUCUAAGUUGAAGACCAUAGAAAAAAGACUGGUUGAUGUUAUUUGUGAAGAUGAUAGCAGAAAAGUUGCUUGUUUUGUGGAUGUCACGGUGGGAUUUGACAUCUCGUCACAGAGGGAAGGCCACUACUUAUUUCAUGGACAGACUAAACUGGAAAAGCAUCUCCCUGAGAUUCUGCAAGCCCUCCUGUCCCUAGGAGAUGUGAGCUGCAAUGUUGGGUCAAAGGCACAGAGCAGUGUGGCUGUUAAGGUGGAGAAUACCAUUACUCCUGUAUCUGCAAAGUUCCGCAUUGACAGGGAAUCUGUGCUAAAUAACCUGACAGAUGCUGUGAUCAGGGGACCAUCCCAGCUUAAUGUUGAGUUCUUGCAGUCGCUCUGGGAAACAUUUCAGAGUGUGGAUGACACUCGAAAAAAGGUAUUGCUUGUUUUUUCAGACGGUGUGGAUGAUGACUUAGAAGCUCUCGAACAAAAAUCAGAAGAACUUAAAAAGAAAGGUUUGGAUGCACUUAUAACUGUUGCUCUGGAAGGGGCCUCCAAUUUUAAGCAACUUCGAUCCAUUGAGUUUGGGAAAGGAUUUGAAUAUGACGCUCACUUAAGUAUUGACAUGACUGAUAUUGCCAGCAGGCUGUCCAAGAUGCUGAACAAUAUUGCAGAGAGGACCUGCUGCUCUGUGGCUUGCAAAUGCAUUGGGGAAGAAGGUGAAAUUGGAGAUAGAGGGAAACAAGGGAUAAAGGGACCUGAUGGUGUAAAAGGCCACGCAGGAUAUUUUGGAGAUGAAGGAGAAACAGGCCCAAGAGGACCACCUGGACAACAAGGAAGAUAUGGCGGCAUGGGAUGUCCAGGCAAAAGGGGUCAAAAGGGAUUUCGAGGAUUUGUUGGAAAAAUGGGUGACAAAGGCGAUGAUGGGAUUGAUGGAAUUGGAGGAGCAGAGGGAUUUCCUGGGAUUCCUGGAGAAAAAGGAGAAAAGGGUGACAUUGGCUAUCCGGGCUUUCCAGGGCCAAGAGGACCACAGGGUGAUCGUGGCCAGAAGGGGUUUCGAGGAGAUUUUGGUAACCCUGGACUGAACAAUGAUAUAGCAGGAGAAAAAGGUUUUAAAGGAGAAAUUGGGGAGCAGGGUGAGAGAGGACAACAAGGCUCAGACGGCUUUCCAGGAGCAGCAGGCAAUAUGGGACUACCAGGUCAAAGAGGACAACAAGGACCAGAGGGUAGUCGUGGACAGCCUGGUCAGGAUGGCUUGCAAGGAAAACAAGGAUACAGAGGACCUCAGGGACAAAGGGGAAUUCAAGGUCAGAAAGGAGAGAAAGGAAGACCAGGAUAUAAAGGUCCUCCACAAGAACCAGGAGCUGUGGGUCCUGCAGGGAGUCCUGGGAUUCCUGGGGAAACAGGAAAUAAAGGACGACCUGGUGAUCCAGGACCAAAGGGAGAAAGAGGUCCAUACGGUUUGCGUGGAAGACGGGGAGAAGAUGGUGCUUUUGCAUACGGCUUACCUGGGAGAAAAGGAGUAAAGGGAUAUCGAGGAUUGCCUGGGGAUUCUGGACUAAAGGGAGCAGUGAGGGCCCGCUGCUUCCCAUGGGAAGGAGAGCCAGGAGCUGAGGGUGGCAACAAGCCAGGCAGGGCAGUGCCCUCACCGAGAGGAGCUGGUCCCACCACCCCAGCAAGGGAGCAGGGCAGGCUGGUGGGCAACCAGGGGCAGCUUCCAGUCCUGGGCUUCGGUCACCUCUCUGUGGAUGGAGCUGGUCUGAAGCUGGGGCAGUUGGCCCACAGGUUGGGGGCUGGAUCAGGUCUGGAUACCCACGUGGUAACACGGUCUGAUGCGGCCCCAGGAUGGCUGGGCAAAGCUGUGGUGACAGGGCUGGGCCAAGUAGGCGGUCUGCGGAUCGGAGUCGGGAUCUGCCGUGGCCAGGCAGAGGCCACGAUGUGGUGGGGCUGCCUGGGAGCCUCUCCCCGUGGUGCCAGCAGGAAGGGUGGCAGCACCCAGCUGUGCUGGCUCGGAGCUGGCCCUGAGCCCCGGCACCAAACCCCUUGUGGGGGGUGUGCUAAGGGUCCUGCCGUGCUGUCAGACGGGCUUUCUGGUGGGUCUUGUCAGUUCUGCGACGAGCAGCAAAAAUACCACAUGCCACCCUGUGAGAAAACCUUAAAAUUAUCUUGUGAUAUGGCCUCGGAGCAGAACACUAACCCCACCAAGAUAAAUCAGAAAUUAAACAAGACCAUUGCCACCGAAAGCAAAGAUAGGCAGGGGAAUUCAGGUCCUCCAGGACUGAUAGGCAGUCCAGGAGACCGGGGAUCUCCGGGACGCAGGGGGAGUAAAGGAUUGACGGGGAAAACCUUAUAUUCUCCAUGUGAACUCAUUGACUACAUUCGCAGACACAGCCGUUGCUGGGAUGGAAAAAUCAGAUGCCCAUUACAUCCAACAGAUCUGGUGUUUGCCUUAGACAUCUCUAGGACUGUCACCCCUGAGAUGUUUGAACAAAUGAGAGAGAUUAUGAUAGCAAUACUGAAUCAUGCCAAAAUCAGAGACAGCGACUGCCCAGUGGGAGCCAGAGUUGCUGUCAUUUCCUACAGCUCGGUUGCCCACCACCUGAUCCGCUUCUCAGAGUUUCGCAACAAGAAUAAGCUUCUCGAUGCACUAAAAAGUAUUCGUUAUGAGAGCUCUUCAAGUGAACGGGAUAUUGGCAAUGCGAUGACGUUCGUUGCCAGGAAUGUUUUCAAGAGAACUAUCCAAGGUCCUAAUGUGAGAAAAAUAGCUGUGGUUUUUAGCCAUGGGCCAAGUGAAAAUGCAGCUUCUGUUAAACAAGCUGUCCUGGAGAUGAGUGCGAUGGAAGUCGUUCCAGUAGUUUUUGCUUUUCAAGACACACCCUCUGUCUCUCAAGCUUUCCUGAUGGAUGAUUCUGGCUUGUUUCAGGUGCUAAAUGUUCGUGGUUGGUCUUAUAACGAAACAUUACAAAGCUUUCAUCUCUGCACUCUGUGCUAUGACAAAUGUAACCCAGGUGCUUUUUGUGAACGUCCCAGGCGCCGUUUACCAAGGGCAUAUGUGGAUGCUGCAUUUGUUUUAGACAGCUCACAGAAAAUGAGUGGUGCUGAAUUUGAUGAAGUCAAAGACUUCAUAAGCAAAGCAGUCACUACAUUCAACAUUUCCUCUGAUCCCAAGACCUCCACUGUAGGGGAUAGAAUAGCUGUGGUGAGCCAUACACUACCAGAUUUCAAACCAGGUACAGGGAGAAAGCCCAUAAAGAAAGAAUUUGACUUGAUUACCUACGGCAGUGGAGAGCAAAUAAGAAAAUAUCUUAAAGAAUCUCUUCAACAGCGGAAUGGAGAGGCUGCUUUAGGCUAUGCCAUAAAAUGGACAAUUGCUAAUAUUUUCUCAGGAGUUCCCAAUCCAAGACAGCUCAAGGUCAUCAUCAUUGUGUCUGCUGGAAAAACAAGUCAAUGGGACAGGGAAACACUAAAGAGAACUUCCUUGGAAGCUAAGUGCCAAGGUUAUGCACUACUCACCAUUUCCCUAGGAAAGUCCUUUGACAGAAAUGAGCUGGAAGAGCUUGCAAGCACUCCUCUGGAACAGCACCUGGUUCAGCUUGGCAGAAUCCACAAGCCAGCACUUGACUACGUAACGAGGUUCUUGAAGCCAUUCAUAUAUUUCCUCAGGAGUGACCUCAAUAGCUACCCACCAGAAGAACUCAAAGCAAAGUGCAGCAGUCUCAGCUUUCAGAGUGAAAGAUAUAUGUAA